AUGGCUCUCGGAGUCCUAAAUCCACAAGUGAAAGGUUCCCUGAGUGGGAGUGCAUUUUUUGACCAUGGUUCUAUAGAGGAUCAGGAACCUCCACCUCCACUCCGUAGCUACCUAUGUCUGACUAUUUUCACCUGCUUUUGUCCUGCAUACCCCGUCAACAUCGUGGCCCUGGUCUACUCUAUCAUGUCUAGAAAAAGUUAUUAUAAUGGUGACUACGAUGGGUCCAGGCGGCUGGGCGGGAACGCUCUCUACGUUGCUAUCGCCUCCAUCAUCAUCGGCCUUCUCAUCAUCGCCAUCACCUGCAUUGUUCAUUUUACCACAGUAAGGCUUCCUUUUGCAGGGACGCCCUGCUCUGCGCUCACUCACACAACCACUGUGCCACACUACAACCACAGUCUGAUCUUCAGGUCAAGGGCCGUUUUGUGUAACCCUCCCUCCAGCUCUAAAGAUGGAAUUUUAGCACCGUGGUUGUGGAGAGAGGGGGAGAAGAGAAAUAAGGCACUUGACAGAAAACUGCAAGAGGACAUGCUGAACCUCUGUGGAUCUCUGGACGGAGUCAGGUGGGCGGUUCAUACCAUCCGCCAAUGA